AACAAAUUCCUCUAAUCAAAAAAACAAUUUCUUUCAGUUUUUUACCUAUUCAUUUUUUCUUUUUUCCCUCUUUUUCUCUAUAAAAAAAAAAGUUCAUUUAUUACCUUUUUUUUCCUUAAUUCUUAUCAUUUAUCAGUAAAAUGGAUUCGAGGGACGCUCCUUUGAAAAAGUUCGUACUUUAUUGUACUAUCAUUGCAGCCUUAGGUGCUGGUAACUCUGGUGUCAAUACUUCAGCUUUGAAUAUUCCCGGUGCAUAUGUCAGAAACUGUCCCAACGUUGCUCCCGGUGUUCAAACCUACUUUAAGAAUUCUCCUAUGCCUCAAUGUUUGCCUAUGGGCGAUUGGGUUUGGGGUGUUUGUAAUGGUUUGUUCGCUAUUGGUGGUCUCAUUGGUGCUAUUGCCAAUCAAUAUUUGAUGGAUAGCUUCGGUCGUCGUGAUUCUAUGCUUUUCAUGAAUGUUACUUUCUUCAUCGGUGCUAUUUUGCUUUCUUGUUCCGUUCAUGCCGCUAUGUUUGCUAUUGGUCGUUUGUUUAUUGGUGUUGGUUCUGGUUUCAUGACUUGUGUCGUUGGUGUCUACGUCUCUGAAAUUGCUCCUGCCAAGUUCCGUGGUGCUCUUACCUCUUGUCUUCAACUUCUCACUACUUGCGGUAUCCUUAUCAUUGAAUUGAUCGGUCUUGGUUUGAACUCUCCUGUCGGCUGGCGUGUUGCUUGUAUCAUCACCAUUGCUCCUACUAUUGUUCAAAUGGUCCUUCUUCCCACCACCUGUCGUUCUCCUCGUUGGUUGAUCAGUAAGAACAGAAUUGAUGAAGCUCGUGUUGAAUUCCUUAAGCUCCGUAAUGGUGAUAUUGAAUCUGAAUUCACUGAUAUGAUCCUCGGUAUCACCAAGGGCGGUGAAGAAGCUAAGCCUGCUCCCGAAAACGAUAAGGAUUCCGCUGGUUUUGAUAAUGGCAAGUCUGAAGCCGCUGGUGUCACUGGUGAAUCUGAAGAACAACUCUCUCUCAUGCAAGUCAUGUCCAUCGGUGUCUUGGCCAGCUUGUGUAUGAAGAUUUUCGUCGUCCACGCUCUUUCCCAAUUGACCGGUAUUAACGCUAUUAUGUACUAUUCCACCACUAUUUUCGAAAACUCUUUCGGUACCUCUGCUCGUUAUGUCACUGUCGGUGUCGGUGCCUUGAACGUUGUCAUCACCGUUGUGGGUCUUUCUCUUGUCGAUCGUCUCGGUCGUAAGAUUCUUCUCUUGAUCUCUACCGCUGGUAUGACCGUUUUCCAAGUUAUCAUGGUUCCCGCUAUGAAGUACAACAUUGGUGCCCUUCAAGUCGUCUGUAUUAUGCUUUACGUCGCUUCUUUCGCUGUCGGUUACGGUAUGGUUCCUUUCAUUCUUGUCUCUGAAUGUUUCCCUACCUAUGCCGUCGGUGCCUGUUCUUCCGCUUGUUUGGCCAUUAACUGGCUCUGUAACUUUAUCAUCGGUUUGGUCUUCCCUGCUAUGUUGUCUGGUAUGGGUGCCUAUGCCUUCAUUAUCUUUGCCGCUCUUGCCUUCGUUGCCUUUAUCUUUAUCUUUAUCUUUAUCCCCGAAACCAAGGGUAAGACUCUUGAUGAAUUAGGUCGUCACCUCGGUUGGUACGGUAUUGAUGUUUCUGCUGAACUCGCCAAGAAGGGCAAGAACUAAAGCGUGAAAACAUUUCUUUCAUCUCAUCAAAUAAGCAUACUUUUUUUUUUCUUCCCACUUUUUUCCCUUUUUAAUUGUAAUUAUAUAACUUACUUUUACCUUUUCUAAUCAUAAUAUUCCAUUUUUGACCCUUUUUUGACUCUUUUCGCUUUGUGUAUUAAUAUUUAUUUCCCGAUUUACGUAAUUGAAUUACUUUAAUAACUUUAUAUUUCACCACUUGUAUAAUAAAUACAUUAGCAUUGAAUAAUUUUUUUUAAAAAAAAAUAGUCUUGGUCUUCAA